CCCUUCAUACCGUACGUGCGCGCACCCCUCUAUCGCGUGGUGGGGAUCAUCCAUAUUGCUGCUAGUGGUGGAGAUAAGGUUGUAAUCUUGGGAGGCCCUCGGACACGGUUCUUUAUUUGUUUAAAUGUUUUAAACCAGCGCUGACCGCUCGGACUGAAGCUCGUCUGCUCUGGGAGCGACAGAGGAGCGGCACACUCCGCGGUACUACUUUGCAUUUCCUUGAAAUCGAAGUCGGAUUCGGACCGGGGGAAGGACUGGUAAUCCUGAGGGGGGAAGAAAGACGGUGGUGGGAAAUGGCCACUCAGGUGGAGGCUCUCCUGCCCGGCAACCCGCUCGCAAAGGCGGAGGAGCACGGCAAAGUGAUCCGCGGUGGGCCUGAGGAGGAGGAGGGAACCCCGGCUGCGAAGGAGCAAGCGUCUAAACCGGCGACAGAGGACAGCAAAGUGGGCUGUGACAGCGAAGACAAGCAAAACGAGGAGGGUGUUAAAGGCAACAGGAAGGAUUUUCCUGAAGCUCCUCCGCCCAAGGUGAACCCGUGGACUAGGAAGAUGAACGCGGUGACCGUGGUCAACGUGAAUGGACAGGCACACCACGAGUCGAGCGGCCCCACCAAGGUGGUGAAAGCAGGGCACCCACCCAAAGCCAGACGUGGAGGAAAGGUUGGAGAUUUUGGUGACACCAACAGUUGGCCAACUCCUGGGGAGAUCGCAACUAAAGACAUGCAGAUCGAGGCAGUGGCACGGACCGUGUCCUGCCCGCCGACUGUCAGGCAGGUCAGAGACUCAUGGAGAUUCACUGCUCCCAAGAAGACGACAGUCAAGAAGGAGUUAAAGGAGAAGAGAGAGAGCAACGAGGAGAGCAAGGAGAACCUGAAGGCCAAGUCGGAUGACUCCGGAGAGGAGAAGAACGGCAACGACGACUCCCAGAAGAAUGGAUCCAAGAAAAAAGGAAACAAGCAGAAGUGGGUUCCUUUGAUGAUCGAGGUGAAGUCUGAGGGUCCCAGGGAGCGCUCAGCCUCUAGGAACAACAGCAAGCAGAACGAAAACCCCCGUCUGCCUCCCAACGCCAGGAACGACCUCAGAGACUGGCACAGUCAAAAGUACGAGCGAGAAUGGCGUGAUGACCACGAUGAGGUGUCCAGCGUGAAGAGCGAGGGGGCACCAUUCCGCGGAGGCUUCAGAGGUCGCGGACGAGGAAGAGGAAGAGGUCGGGGACGAGGCAGAGGUGGUGGGAGAGGCCACUAUGAAUAUCACUACGGCUACAAGUCUUACGAUAUGAAAGAUGGACCCUAUGGCCAGAAGUUCAGCAAUGCAGUGACCUAUUACUACGACAACAUGAGCAGCAACGACCUUUACUCCGUCGACCAGGACCUGCUGAAGGACUACAUCAAGAGGCAAAUUGAGUACUACUUCAGCCUAGACAACCUGGAACGUGACUUUUUCCUGCGGAGGAAGAUGGAUCAGGAGGGCUUCCUGCCCAUCGGACUCAUCGCCAGUUUCCACAGAGUGCAGGCCCUCACCACAGACAUCAGCCUCAUUCUGGAGGCUUUGAAGGACAGUAAGGAGGUGGAGCUGAUAGACAUGAAGAUCCGUCGGAAGGUGGACCCAGAGAAGUGGCCGCUGCCGGGCCUGACCAUGCCCAACCACACCCACACCGACUUCUCCCAGCUCAUCAAUUGCCCUGAGUUUGUCCCCCGACAGACGAGCGAGGAGCCCAGAGGGUCUCCCAGGUCCUCCACACCAGUGCAGCAACAGACCAAAAUGGAGCCAGACACCUCCAACCUCAAGACAAUGCCCAAGGGCCUCUCUGCCAGCCUCCCCGACCUGGACUCCGAGUCCUGGAUUGAAGUCAAGAAGAGGCCCAGGCCGUCCCCGGCCAGACCCAAGCCACCCUCAUUGCAGCAGAAGGAGAAGGACGACUCUGUUCGCUCUCCUGUGCCCCAGCCCGGCUCCUCGCCCUCCCCCGCUACCUCAGGAAAUAAGGAGGGAGUGGAGCAGGAUGAACCCGAGGAGCUGGACUUCAUGUUUGACGAGGAGAUGGAGCAGAUGGACGGACGGAGAAACACCUUCACCGACUGGUCGGACGAGGACUCGGACGGUGAGAUCGACGACCACGACGUCAACAAGAUCCUCAUUGUGACACAGACGCCGCCCUACCUGAGGAAGCACCCGGGGGGCGACCGCACGGGCCACCACACGUCGCGCGCCAAGCUGACCAGCGAGUUGGCCAAGGUGAUCAACGACGGGCUCUUCUACUACGAGCAGGACCUGUGGGAUGACACGUACGAGCCCGAGUACGCCACCAUCAAGCAAGAGGUGGAGAACUUCAAGAAGGUCCACCUGAUCAGCCGCGAGCAGUUUGACUGCCUGACCCCUGAACCCCCUGUCGACCCUAACCAGGAAGUCCCCCCAGGCCCCCCACGACCCCAGCAGAUCCCCACAGACGCUUUGGCGAACAAACUCUUCGGCGCCCCUGAGCCCUCCUCUACAGCUCGCUCACUCCCUACUACCGUGCCUGACUCACCCAACUACCGCAGUGCUCGGACACCCCGCACACCUCGCACCCCUCACCGCAAGGACCCAGCCAUGACGCCACGCUUCUACCCAGUGGUGAAAGAAAGCCGGCCCGUUGAUGCCAAGACGCCCAGGAAGAGGAAGACCCGCCACAGCUCCAACCCGCCUAUGGAGUGCCACGUCGGCUGGGUGAUGGACUCCAGAGAGCAUCGCUCCCGUACCACCUCUGUCAGCUCUAAUGCCAGCCCAUCAGAGGGCACCCCCGCCCUGGGGAACAUUGGCUGCACGCCCCAGUCCCUCCCCAAGUUCCAGCACCCAUCACAUGAGCUGCUCAAAGAGAACGGCUUCACGCAACAUGUUUACCACAAGUACCGCCGGCGCUGCCUAAAUGAGCGAAAGCGGCUGGGAAUUGGCCAGUCACAGGAGAUGAACACUCUCUUCCGUUUCUGGUCGUUUUUCCUGCGGGAUCACUUCAACAGGAAGAUGUAUGAAGAGUUCAGACAGCUAGUGGUCGAGGAUGGGAAGGAAGGAUACAGGUACGGUUUGGAGUGCCUGUUCAGGUACUACAGCUAUGGUCUAGAGAAGAAGUUCAGGCCAGACAUCUUUAAGGACUUCCAGGAGGAGACCAUGAAAGACUACGAGGCUGGCCAGCUUUAUGGGCUGGAGAAGUUCUGGGCUUUCCUGAAAUACUCCAAAGCAAAGAACUUGGAGAUUGAUCCCAAGCUGCAGGAAUAUCUGCGCAAGUUUAAACGUCUGGAGGAUUUCAGAAUUGAUCCACCGAUCGAGGAAGGAGGCCAUAAAAGACACUCGUCCAGCGGGGACGGUCGCCGCCGGCACCCCUCUCAGCCCUCCAGCCGGCCCCACAACCAGGCCAGCUCAGGCCCCAGCCCUGCCCUCGCUGCCGAGGGUUCUGCAGCCAAGGAUAAUGCCAAACCCACCAGCCAGAAAGCCCCCACCCGUGCCGCUGACCCUGCACCAGAUGCCAAGACACCGAAAUAACUCCACAAACACGGCAGCCUGCACGGAUCAGCUCAACCAUGUCUGUAAGUCGCCGGUUCUCUCUGCGCCACAGGAGGGAGAAGGGGGCGUCCAACUUUUCAGUCAAGCAUGGGAAUGGUUUUCUUUUCCUGCGACAACUUAUGCUCGAGAAAUAAGGACAAAAACAAUUAAUAUGGCUCAUUUUAUUAAUUUGCUUUAAAUUUUUAAGAAAAAAUGGCCUUAACGAGGCAGAGUUUUUUUUUUUUUCUUUUAUGCACCAUUAUCAGUCCACAUGGAGGAUUGUUUAGCAGUGACCCACUAUGACCCUGGAAUCUUUUUGUUCAUUUUGACCCCCCUCUCUGUCACUGGGACCCCUCUGACAUUGUCACUGUGCUGAUGGAUGAAACACGUUUGAUUUUUUGUUCAGAUCUCUGACUAAUGAUUAUGAUUUCUUCAGCAUGUGCUGGGACUGGGGACUAUAUUGAGCAUUUGCAAAGCCCCGCUGGUGGCCCUCCAGAGGCCACGCCACACCUCCCAUCUAACUGGACCAAAGUGGUUUGAACCGAGCAACUGACAUUUCCAUCUGCAGAGCCUCUAAUGCUCUCAGCUGGGGGGUGAAAAAUCAGACAUCUUUGAUUUACUUUAUGGCUGGACAUUGAGGGGGGGGAACAUUAAAGAACCAAGUGACAAGAGAGGAGUUGAAGACUUGUACCACCAGUGUGGACAUGAUCUUUGAAAGUUGCCUUAUUUGAAUGGUUUUUCUGCUUUGAACCUGUGCCCGCCCCCUUGUUGUCGAUUGUAUAGUGCUGAACCUCCCCUGUACGUCCUUGGCAGCAUCUCCAGUGGAGGCCACCAGGUGGCACAAUGUCUGCCAGACUGUUCUCCAUCACCCCCUUGUCCCUGAAUCACCAUUUCCUAGAUGUCUUCCAAGUGUUACUUGCUCUGUUACAAGUCCAUCAUGGCUUCUUGUGGUGAAUCAACCUGGUGGAAGUUUAUCGCCUUUUCCUCUACACCCCCCCCCCCAAAAAAAA